GUGUAUAAUCUAUGGCGUGUGUUGUGACUUGUGUUGUGUGCUGAACUGUGCUACUUUCAACCAUGCCGAUUUGAAGUUUUGUGUUUAUAAAUGCAUUAUGCAGUUAUUUCGAUAUGUAAAAUGAUAUAAAAAUAAAACUCUGUUCCUAUUUAAUAUGAAAUAAAUAAUAAUGCAUAAAGGCACUUCUUAAUUUAAUUCUUGUUCGUAACUACUAUUUAGAAUGUCACAUCAGCUGGGCCGUGUUGUUUCUGUGAUUCUCCAGAGAUAUUUUGGCGAGAAUGUACAGAAAGUUGGCGACGAUCUAUUUACAUAUGGCAGUAAGCCCAUUGCCUUAUUAGUGAAGAGUACUGGUCUUUCCAGAAUCAAGGUGGUAGAAAGUCUCCGAACGUUACUGAAGUAUGAUUUGGCAAUGUUUGAACCAACUCCAAAUGAAGUAAUUGCAGAUUACAGAUUAAUUCCGGAGAAUGUGCUUUUGAUGAUUAGAUAUCCAAGGUAUUUACUACAAAUUAAAACGAAGUACGGUAGUGAAGCAGAAAUAUUGAUUGAAGAGUUGUUACAAAAGGCAUGUUCCACUGCUACCGUGCUAUUAGUCUCCAUUGCUGUUAAAUAUAAAGAUGACAAGGAAAAGAACAUGACUAUAGUGAAACUAAAAGAUAUCUUUAUAAGUCUGAUAACCGCUGGUUACAUACAGCAGGCAUCUGUAGCUGAGUUGAAGGAAGGCAGCGAGAUACCGACACUGGUGCCCGUCGCAACUAUAACACCAGAGAUUGAUGUACGAGCUGUCAUUAAAAUUAUGAAUUCUGGAAAUCUAGCUGAAAGUAGUGAUAAUGUGUACUGGAAAGUUAAUUACGACAGGUUCCAUCAGGAUAUCCGCGACGAAAUUAUGAUCAAAGCAAUCACAAGACGAAUAGAUGAAAACGCCGGUGAGCUUCUUCGUCAUAUGCUGCAACACAUGUACCUGACGUCUCCGGCGUGGGCUGCAGAGUCUACACUAGUGCCGGCCGUGGAAUUGAGGGAGGCUUGUCUCCGGGCCGCUGCUGACAAGCCCCUCUUGAAUCAGUAUUUCGAUCAAUAUCUGAAGGUCUUAGGCAGGAAAAAAAAGAGUGCGUUGCGUGUGACAGAGGAGAGCGGGUGCGGCACGGUGCGGGCGGACGCGGGGGGGCGGGGGUACAGCGUGCGGGGGGCGGGCGCGGCGCGGGGGUGCCUGCUGGCGCUGCUGGAGGGGCUGGUCACGGAGAGACUGGGCUACAAGGCCGCCAGGAUAUUCAGAAUAAUUCUCGAUAAGAAAUAUAUAGAAGAGGAUGACGUACAAAAAAACGCCAUGCUACCAAAUAAGGAAUGCAAAGAGCUGUCGUAUAAACUUUUAGAAGAGCAUUUCAUUAGUUUACAGCCAAUGAGGAAAACCGCGUCGGCCGGCGGCAUGAACAAGGCCGUCUAUUUGUUCCAUAUUAAUCUACACGACGUGGCACACACAGUGCAGGACAUGUGCUACAAGGCUCUGGGCAACGUGUUGCGACGCGCGUCCCACGAGCGGGCGGCCCACGCGCGGCUGUUGGACAAGCAGCGCCGCGUGCGCAGCAUAGUGCACGGCAUGAGGCUGCGCGCCGAGCCGCAACAGAACAUCGAUGACGUUGAAGAAACGCUGACCCCGUCCGAACUAGCAGUACUGCAGGGCGUCGAGAAACGACUCAAACAGCUCAGCGCCGCUGAAUUAGAAAUCGAUAAAAAUCUAUUUAUACUGAAGUGGUACUUUAUGUAUACGCAUUGAAUGCUGUUUUAUACAAAAAAAAACAUUUUUAUCGAGCGCUAAAGAGCGCUUUAUCGAUUAAUUAUUUAAGAUACGACUCUGUAAACAAACAAAAAAAGUGUUUCGUAUUUCUAAACUGUUAAGACUGUUAAAUAUUUGUUAAGCGUUAAUAAAUUAAUAAAACUUGUAUUUUUA